CGUCAGUUUGCUAUACAAAAUCCCUAGACGACGACGACGGUAGCAAGCGGGAGAAAGAGCGAGGGCGAGGCGAUUUGCUGGCAAAUGUAGCAGAGUAAAACAUAUAGGAAGAAGAGGAAGUGUAGAGAGGGUUUGAGAAGGAAGCGAAAAUGGAGGGCGAGCAGUUAGACGAAUUCGUGUUGGCGUACCUGAGGAAGAAGGGUUUCAAGCUUGCUGCCAAGGGCCUCGAAGAGGAUCUUCAACAAAACAACAGCAGCAGCCACAAGUCCAUCGAUUUUCAGAACGAUCCUGAGCUCUCCAAGUUUUUUCGCUCCUUCUCCAAAUCAGAGGAUGAUCCAGGACGGUACCAGGAUGGAUAUAGCAAACUGAGGGCAUGGACCUAUGGAUUAUUAGAUCUGUACAAGCAUGAGUUGCUUCGUGUGCUCUAUCCGGUUUUUGUUCACUGUUUCAUGGAUCUGGUGGCAAAAGGGCAUUUGCAAGAAGCUAGAAACUUCUUCAAUAACUUUCGAGAAGAUCAUAACAUGAUGCAUCUCAGAGAUCUUCAGAAGUUGGAAGGUGUUCUUUCUCCACAUCAUCUUGAGGAAAUGGAAUUUGCUCGUACUCUAAGGCAAAGCAAAGUUAACAUCAAAAUAUGUCAGUACUCCUAUGAACUUCUGCUGCAAUUUUUACACAGAACGCAUUCCAUUUUAAUGCUUGGUACUAUCAAUGAACGUAUUAACUUCCAAGUUUCCCCUGGACAGCCGAGCUCUCUUUCUGAUGAUGCUGAGGCUAUAACGCUUACAGGAGGUUGUCAGGAUGCAGCUACACAGAUAAAUCAAAAAGAAGUACAUUGGGGGCUGCUUGAAGACUCUAUAGAAGAUCGCUUAGACAAGGCAGGGGGUUUGCUUUCAGAUUCUGAAAAGCCGGACGGAGAGAACAAAGAGGGAGACUUGGAUGAGAGUAAGAAAAGACCAGUAGAAAGUGGGAAGCAAGGUACUUCAACGAAAAAGUUAAAAAAGGAUAAAGCUGCUAAUGCAACUGCUAAAGCUGUGCGUCAGGAUGCCAACACUCAGUCUAUGGCACCACGAGUCAAGCCAGAGCUUACUUUGCCCAUAAUAUCAACAGAGGUGGAACAGUCCAUUCUUGAAGAUUUAAGAAACCGUGUGCAGUUGAGCAGUAUUGCGCUGCCUUCUAUCAGCUUUUAUACAUUUAUCAACACUCAUAAUGGUUUGAACUGUUCCUCAAUAUCUCAUGAUGGAUCUUUGGUUGCUGGUGGCUUUGCAGACUCGUCGCUUAAGGUUUGGGACAUGGCAAAGCUUGGGCAGAAAGCUUACAGUUCUGUUUUGCAGGGUGAAAACGAUAGUACUAAUGAACAUGUGAUAGGGCCAAGUGGUGGAAAAAGAUCAUAUACACUCUUCCAGGGUCAUUCGGGACCUGUUUAUUCAGCCACUUUUAGUCCUCUUGGAGACUUUGUGCUUUCUUCUUCAGCAGACACAACAAUUCGGUUAUGGAGUACAAAACUGAAUGCAAAUCUUGUUUGCUACAAGGGUCAUAAUUAUCCUGUUUGGGAUGUUCAGUUUAGUCCUGUGGGGCAUUAUUUUGCUAGCUGUUCUCAUGACCGAACAGCAAGGAUUUGGUCUAUGGAUAGAAUACAACCUUUGAGGAUAAUGGCAGGUCACUUGUCCGAUGUUGAUCUUGCAUCUGGCUCUGCAGAUUGCACUGUAAAAUUAUGGGAUGUAACUACAAGUUCAAAGGUCUCAAAGACUGAAGAAAAAAGUGGAAACCCAAACAGACUGAGAUUGUUAAAGACAUUGCCAACCAAGUCAACACCAGUCUACAGCUUGCGGUUCUCUCGAAGAAAUCUACUAUUUGCGGCUGGAGCUUUCUCUAAGAACACGUAGAGCAUUGAUCGAGUUGUGAGAUGUUAUUCAAAAGCUGCGGAGUUGUCAGCAGUGGUUGGAAUCGUGGACUGCAAUUGCACCUUGAAACAGUGUAUUAUUGAUUUGCUGGCUCUGUUUAUUACGUACGGGUUUUGCUGGUUGUUUACAUACAUUCAGACAUUAAAAUUGUAUUAUUAACUCAUUCAGGAGAAAUCGUAAUGAUGUGUGUACUUGGCCAUAAUAAAUAAGACUUAAAAAAGUAGAAAUUCAAGAUGA